AUGGAUGUAUCGUUAGAUGAAAUAAUACGUACUCGCCAAAUCGGAAGUUUAGUAAAGAAAAAGUCAACCACUGGGAAACCUGCACAAAAAAAAUUGGUCAAUCGUAGUACUUUUAAACCGAAUAACUUUAAACCGCCUGCACGUACGUUUGAUGCUCGUAAUAGGAUUAUAGAAAAAAAUCGUGCAAAAAUACGUGAUGCUCGGGAUAAACUUGCUGAAAUUUCGAGAGCCUGUGGUGAUGUACGCCACCGUUUGUUACAAAAACAAGCAUCAAGUCCCAGUUUUAUGUCAUCACAGACUAAACAAAAUUAUCGCCCAGAUCGUGUAGCAAGAAUCGCACCAAUUCGCCGGUCUACAUCAUUAGGAUUAACCAGCAAAAGUGCAAAGCAACGAAUGAAGAGAAUGCCUGAUAUGUUUAAUGUUCCUUUAGGAUAUGUUGAUCAUGACAAUAUGGAACGAAUGGAACAAGAGGAAUAUGCACUCGCAUCGCAUCUUAGUCGCACUGUAAAAAAUGACAUAGCACAAUUUGGAUACAAUAAUACACAUACAAACGUUCCGCCACCUGCACCUAGACGCUUAAAUUCAUGGGGAUCCAAUUCUGAUCAAUUUGAACCAUUUGAUGUAUAUGAGAUUCCACGCUCAAGGCCAGAACGACGAAUGUCUGUCGACUUACCACCACCACCGCCUAAAGGUAUUUUACGUUCGAGUGUCAGAGAACAAAGCCCACCCAGCAUGUACCAGCGCCGGUUUAAUCCAGAAAAUAGUCAUCUAUCAUAUGAAAUGCGUUCACGUUUAAUGACUACACCAGAUCCGCAUGCUUCAAUGGGUAUUUUUGCAAACCCACAAAAAACGGUUCAUCCACAAGUCUCGCCAAACGGUUAUCGUAUUGUAGUGAGCAAUUUACACACUAGUGUUACCCAGACUGAUAUACAAGAACUAUUCGAAGAUGUGGGUGAACUGUAUGAUGCUCGCAUUGUGCGUCCCGGUAUAGCAGAAGUUGUUUAUAAAUCUCUAACAGAUGCUGAGAAAGCAGUAGAUCAGUAUCAUAAUCGGCAGUUAGAUGGACAACCGAUGAAGUGUCUUUUGGUCAAUCCACGCGCUUCAAAUAAGCCAACAGCGCCAGCUUUAAAGACUGCAAGCUCAACUGCAAGACUCGCAUCAAAUAAAACACCAUUGGAAAUUGAUAUUGAUGCAUUGCAUAAAGUGCUUUUUAGACGUUAAAUUCAAAGCCUUAAAAUACUCAUUAACGUUACAAUAAAACAAAAGUUAAAUAUGAAAUGAAAAUGAAAAUGUUGGCAUGAAACGAUUGCAGUAAAUAGAUUAAGGACUAAAAUGAUGCGGUCGAGCGGAAAUUUGUCAAUUUAUACCACAAACUGCAGCUAAAAUAUAAAACUACAAUUUUAUAAAUUUCAUAAAUUUUCUGUUUUUUAAAGAAAAACAAACUAAUUUGAUUUUAACUUUUAUUCGUUUCGAGUAUUGUAUGUCGAGUAUUGCUGUUUAUUUGCAUGUGUAAAGAGAAACUUCUCAACUUAAUAUACAAUAUCAAAAUUGAAUGAUUUCUUAAAAUGCAUAAUUAUUUUGUUUUCCCUUUAAAUUUUAGUUAACAUUUUAGUGUAUAGAUACACUCUGUAACUACUCAAAAUUACUUAUCAAAUAUAAAAUAACUUUCAUGUAAUAAACUGAACGUUAAAUUUAAUAAAUUUAAAUGGAUUUGUAUUACAAUUAAAAA